AUGGCGCCACCCGCCGACGAAACCCCAACCACAGACGCGGCUCCGGCCCCGGCCCCGAUCCUCUUCCGCGCAAACAAGAAGCGCAAAGCAGGCCUCCGUCAACGCGCCGCAUCACCCGCCGCCGAUGACGACGACAACGCCGCAGCCUCGAAAUCAACAUCGACAGCAGAAAACAAUACGACAUCUGCACCAGCCACGGAAACCACCGCCGACGAGGGCCCCGAAGCACACAUCCCCUCCGCCCUCCGCCACCGCGCUCGGAAGCGACUCAACGGCGUAGGCUUCUCUGCGCGAGGCACAACCGCCCUCGCCGGCGCCGGAGGAGACGAUACAGACCCAGUGAGCCUAUCAUCAUCAUCGCGCGCACUGGUUUCCGUCCCAGCACAAGCCCCAGACGACGACCCCCUCAUCGCAAAGCGCUUCGCGCCGCAGACCGGCGCAGCAGCGACUACAAUCGUCAACAAACACAUGAUGGAAUACAUAGAAUCGCACCUCUCUAACCGCAACCCCCCACCACAAUCCGAACUUCCAACCUCCUCCCAACACCAAGCCGCCACCGUCGUAACGAAUCCGUCAACAACAGCACCCUCCGCCGGACCAGCCGAACUUCCAGACCCCAAAAACCACCCCAUCAUGCAAGGGAAACUAAUGGAAGUCGACCUCGGCGACGAAGUCCGCGCCCGGAACCAAGCCAUGACGGAAAAGGCAGCCCGCCGCCUCCUAGGCGAAUCCGUCGACGACGAUACCGGCGGCCGGCGAGCCAAGAAACCCCGCCUCGGCAGGGACGGUAAACCCUGGCGGCCCAGGAACAGGCGCACCAGCGACGACAUCAAACGCGACCAGCUCGUCGAGGAGAUUCUGCGCGAGAACAGACGUGAGGUUUGCACCGUCUCCUUCAAUGGGGCCAGCAAGCACAUGCUAAUCUGGAAACCUUACUUAGUCGACGUCUACGAUGUACCAAAACCACAGGAACCCCAAAACGAAGGCGACGGCGACGCAGACGACCGCAUCGCCGAGGAAUUCCGGCGCGAGUUCAUGGACGCCAUGGUCCAGCGCCAACAAAAGAAGAAGACGGCAGCGCCGGCGGCUCGCGCCGGGGCUCGCAAGGCCGAUGAAGAAGUCCUCAAGGGUCCGAAGCUGGGCGGUAGCCGCAACGCUAGAGCCGCCAUGCGCGAUUUGCUUUUGAAGAAAGAAAAGGAGAAGGACUCGAGAAGAUGA